AAAAAAAAUUAAAAAUUAAAAAAAAAUUAUAAAGCAGUUAUAUCAAUCAAACAUGUAUUAAACAAUGUCAGACAGCAUCUCAAAGGUACGAGCCAGUAUCUUGUAGUGUUGUUUGAUCCGUUGUCUUUUUUGCUCCAGUCUGCUCGGCUCUCGACUCCUCCUCUGCCGCUUCUUCUUACCGCCUGCAAAAAUAAAAAAAAUUAAAAAAAUAAUAAACAUGAUCGACUUUAACCGCAUGUGGCGCUGUCGUUUUCGCUCAACACUCUCACAAUCGCACCCGGAAACAAACCCCCACCUCCGGAAUCAAACCCCGCCUACUUCUCUGAGCGCGAAAUUCAUUUGUGCAAAAGACGGGUUAGUGUGAGGAGCUCCUCAAAACUCCGGAGCUUUAAGGAAGAACGUACAGAAAGCAGAAAGAACUUACAGCGGGAGCAUGUAGGACUUUCGCCGUCUUUUUCGAUGAUGUUGUCCCUGAGUAAGCCUUCGACGGCGGCCUCCUCUGGACUCUUUACCGGGAGAAAAGCCUUCUCGUCCGCAGCAAGCAAGUCUUCAACGGAGGGACAUUCGACGUCUUUUUCGACAAUUUUGUCCGGGAACAAUUCUUCAACGGCAGGAGUCUUUUGCGGGUUUAAAACUUCCUCCUCCGCCUCCUCCUCCGCAAGCUGGUCUUCAAUAUAGACUUCUUCGGAACGUUUUGGCGGGAAGUGUGAUGCCGUCGAACGUUCGGUUAAGACCAACCAUCGUGCCAGAGGCGUAAAAGAAACAUCUCUUCUGUGGGAGAUGAAGGAGCAAUUCCUUGUAGAAGCUGAUCGUGGAAUGGUCACAGAGCUGGUUCGAAUGGCAACGAAGAUGGUUCAAAGAGCAUCUAUGUGUGACCUAAAGGACUGCUGCCAGAGGGCAAUCAAUGCCUGCCUGGAUGAUUCAGUAAGACGAGGACUCAUUAGGGAUAUAGCAAUUCUACUGCUGCCUUCCAUUUUCAGAGAGGACUCAUCCUUUCUAUACACUCUACUGGAGGAGCCAAGCGUGCCUACUCCAGCAAUCAUGCUCCAUAACACACACGAGGGGAACCCUUUGCAGGCACAAAGGAUAACCCUAUACCUGGAUGGUAUACAGGUUUUGACUGAGGACAGCAGCAUGGACAUAUCAUAUGCUAUGAGUGCAUUAAUGUCACUCUAUAUUGUUUUUGCUGUCCAGUACCCAAAGGAACUGAGAAAAACUCUUAUUUUCAUUGAAAGAUUUGUGUUGGGGAUCAAGGACCACAGUGUUGUACCCAUUUCAGUGAAGAGACUAUACAACUGUGUCGGAAGUGGGGAGUAGUGAGUAGAUGUGUUGCAGCAUGGGAUUUCAUGCUUUAUGUUCUUGUUAAUGGUCAAAUUCCUGCUGCUGCCCUUUGUUUGUACAUAUUGAUAAAAAAAAUAUCCCUUAUUUAAUACAUAUUUUGGACCAAUACAUUUUGUUUGAUUUUGGCAUA